AUGGCUGACGAGAACGGCUCUGAGCCGAUUAAGCGCGAUGUUCGCAAUCACAUGCUCUUUGAAGUGGCGACGGAGGUGGCCAACAGGGUGGGCGGCAUCUACUCGGUACUGAAGUCUAAGGCGCCCGUCACUACGGCUGAGUACGGCGAGCGCUACACCAUGAUCGGACCUUUGAAUCGAGCUUCGGCCGCCGUUGAGGUGGAAGAACUUACACCGUCCAGCCCAGCUAUGCGUGAUACCAUCGCAUCUAUGAAAGAGCGUGGCAUUGAGAUCGUCUACGGUCGCUGGCUGAUUGAAGGGGCCCCGCGGGUGCUGCUCAUCAAUACCGGCACGGGUUACCGAUGGCUGGACGAGUGGAAGGGCGAUCUGUGGAACACCUCCGGCAUCCCGGCGCCCGCUGCCGAUCACGAAACCAACGAGGCCAUUGUCUUUGGAUACUUGGUCGCAUGGUUCCUGGGCGAGUACAUCGCCCACGAGCGCCGUCGGGCCGUGGUGGCUCAUUUCCACGAAUGGCUAGCUGGUGUGGCCUUGCCAUUGACCAAGAGGCGUCACAUGGAUCUGACCACCAUUUUCACCACACACGCUACUCUGCUGGGUCGUUAUCUCUGUGCUGGCUCAGUGGAUUUCUACAAUAACCUCCAACAUUUCGAUGUGGAUGCCGAGGCUGGGAAGCGUGGAAUCUACCACCGGUACUGCAUUGAACGCGCGGCUGCGCACAGCGCAGACGUCUUCACUACAGUGUCCCACAUUACGGCUUUUGAGAGCGAGCAUUUGCUCAAGCGCAAGCCCGAUGGUGUCCUCCCGAACGGUCUGAAUGUCAAGAAAUUCUCCGCCAUGCACGAGUUCCAGAACUUGCACUCGCAAGCUAAGGAGAAGAUCAAUGAUUUUGUUCGCGGUCACUUCUACGGUCACAAUGAUUUCGAUCUGGAUGACACUCUUUACCUCUUCACCGCUGGUCGGUACGAGUACCGGAAUAAGGGAGUGGACAUGUUUAUCGAGGGAUUGGCUCGUCUCAACCAUCGAUUGAAGACCAGCGGCUCAACUACUACAGUGGUCGCCUUCAUCAUCAUGCCCGCGCAAACCUCUUCCUUGACGGUGGAGUCGCUCAAGGGACAGGCCGUGGUCAAGUCCCUCCGCGAUACAAUUGAGAACAUUGAGCAGGGCAUUGGAAAGCGGAUGUAUGAGCGUUGCCUUUCGUGGAAGGAGGGUGACAACAUGCCCGAUGAGAAGGAUCUCAUCACCAGCCAAGAUCGGGUUCUUUUGCGCCGUCGCCUGUUCGCGAUGAAACGCCACGGCCUUCCUCCUAUUGUCACGCACAACAUGGUUAAUGACCACGAGGAUCCCAUUUUGAACCAGCUGCGUCGCGUGGAGAUGUUUAACAACUCCUCCGACCGCGUCAAAAUUGUGUUCCAUCCUGAGUUCCUCAACGCUUCGAACCCGGUGCUGCCACUUGACUAUGAUGACUUUGUUCGUGGAACCCACUUGGGAGUGUUCCCCUCCUACUACGAGCCCUGGGGAUACACUCCGGCCGAGUGCACCGUGAUGGGUGUGCCAAGUAUCACUACAAAUCUGUCAGGAUUCGGAUGCUACAUGGAAGAAUUGAUUGAGAACUCGUCGGACUACGGCAUCUACAUUGUAGACCGUCGGUCGAAGGGAGUGGACGAUUCGGUCAACCAGCUGACUGACUUCAUGUUCAACUUCACCACCAAGAGCCGGCGUCAACGUAUCAACCAGCGUAACCGGACAGAAAGACUGAGUGAUUUGCUUGACUGGAAGCGUAUGGGUCUGGAAUACGUCAAGGCGCGCCAAUUGGCUCUCCGUAGAGCCUAUCCCUCCUCCUUUGACGAGAAAGAAGAUUAUUUCGAUAUCAUCGGAGGUACCGAUCAGAAGAUCUCCCGUCCUCUUUCUGUUCCGGGUUCUCCUCGGGAUCGCUCGGGAAUGAUGACCCCCGGUGAUUUUGCUUCACUCCAGGAAGGCCGCGAGGGCUUGAGCACCGAAGACUAUGUCGCCUGGAAGCUUCCUGAGGAAGAAGAACCCGAUGAGCACUUUUAUCCACUCACGCUCCGGACUCGGAAGUCUGGUGACCGACCACAGUCUCCCCUGGACAGCAUUUCGGUAAAUGGGGACGACGCUAAGGAUGAAGAGUGA